AUGGCUUACGAUUACGAAUCCUGUUUUUGGGAUCCCAAUGACGACGGCGUCAACAUUCUUCUGUCACAUAUUGCAUCAGGUAUAAAAUCAUGCGAUACAGUCGAGCAUUUCUUCAAACAGAAAAGUGAAUUGGAAAAAGACUAUGCCAGAAGGAUGGGAGCAAUCAAUGAGAGGCUCAAAAAAGAUAUGAUGAAUAACACAGAAUUUGGUCAAUUAAACGCAGCAAUGGAUAAGCUUCUCUUACUCGAGAAGGCCAGGGCACAGUCUUACUCUAAGCAAAGUGAGUUGAUCUACAGGAAGCUCUAUAGUGACAUCAAAUUAUUUAUUGGAGAGCUAAACGCCAGGUAUACUACCCUGAGCGGAAAAGUUGAAAAAUUGAGAUUAGAUAAGUUCAAUAAGAAGAAAGGUUGUGAAGAACUAGCAAAGAGGCUAGAUGAUGCCUCUAUACGCGCAAGAGACCUCCAAUUAAAUAAAAAUAAUAUAAUUGGGUUCAAGAGAGUGGAACAAAUGACAAAAGAAUUGGCAAAAUGGGAAAAUAAUGUGCAUGAAUUUUCUCUGCAGCUCAAUGUGUUGAAGCAAGAAUAUAAAGCUUCGAAAAAAUACUGGCUGCACGAAUGGGGAAAUAUAACGCAACAGUUACAAGAAAUGGAAGUAGCAAGAAUCAGAUUUGUUCAAUCUAAGAUGCAACAAUAUGCUGAAGCUGCUUUAGAAACUACAUUCUUGGAACAAUCGAAAACUGACUCUCUCAUAAAUGAGCUUUCUAUAUUUACUCCAAUGGAUGAUAUAUCAAAAUUUUCGAGAGAAUAUGGUACUGGAAGAUUGAAAGAAAGACGUAGUAAUUUACCGGCUGAUUACAAAAAGUCGAGCAAAAAACGGCUUUCGGUAGCUUCCAGUAUACCAAGUACAAUAGACCACAAUCCAGACAGGUACUACGUGUCGUCAAUGAGAGACCCUCAUAUUGAUGCUGUAAGAAAACUGUCCUCUCAAUUACAGCAAAGUACAUUAAACAGAAGUGCGCACUCUGGGACUUUUAACAAACAAAUUCCUAACGAGGAAACAGAAAAACCAUUGCCUAGUAUAAUAUCGAGCACCUCACAUGAAGUACCAACCAAGGGAAUAAAAAUAGCGGAAGAUAUUACACGUUCGCUCACCACUGAUAUGUUUAGCCAGAGUGCAAUACGCGUUAAUGAGCCCACGGGUACAGAAAAUAAUAUUAGUCACUCAAAAUCAGUAGGGAACGACUUCUUUGUGCAUGAUUAUCGCGACGUACCUGGAGAUAGCCGCGAUAACCUCAUGGAAGUCGAGGAUAAGCCAACAAAACUGUCGGGCCAUCCUGCGUCGUCAUCAUCUUCUUCAGGAUCAUCAUCAUCGAACCCAACAGAUUUUACUAGUAAUAUCCCAAAAAAGCAGAGCUUUGAAUCAAUGGCUACGUCAGUCAGUUCAAUGGCUAAUACUAUUGAUGACAAACAAAGGUUUGCCAAGUCAUGGAAUUCGACAAAUAGGAAGCGGAAAUCGAUGAGUAAUAUCAGUUCCCUUACAGGCAAUUCAGAUUCUAACCCUGUAGAAAGAUCACAAGGUUUCAGAGGAACCAGUACCGCUACUGUUAUAAAUACCAGUGUCCAAGAAACACGCGAUGCUGAUACUAACAUUCAGAGAAUCUCAUAUUCCAAUACUAAAAACGAUGCCGUAAGCAGUAUACGUUCUAGAAGAAAGUCAAUGGUACUGGAAAAUUCUAAACACCCUAUUGAAGAUGCUCUUUAUGAGAUGGAGAAGUUACAGGGUGGCAUUAGUCACGACACAACCGUUGGAAGGGUCAAAGAUAAUGGUGUAGUGGUUACUCUGCCUAUUGUUUCUAAAGGAGGUGACAAAGUUAUACAUUAUGCGAAAGCCCUCUAUCCUCUUCUUGACAAUGACGCUCCUACAUUAGCCCACUUUGACAAAAAUGAUUAUAUCUUGAUUACAGAGGUAAUCAAUGAUGAUUGGUAUAGAGGAGAGGUGUAUGGUAAUGAUAUGAUCAGUCCUGAAUACAGAGAUGGUUUAAUACCUUACAAUUUCAUACAUCUUCUUGACUGA